AUGAAGCAGGUGAUUCUCGUUUGUGGUAAUUGGAUCUUUGACAACAACAAAUGGUUGUUUGUUGUUGAUAAUGAAAGGGGUUCACGAAUUCUACAAUGUAACGAUCAAAGCAGUUUUGAUGAUUGCAUUGGAAUGGUAUAUGAUGAUUACAUGCUGGAUAACAAGGUAUUUGAUGUUGUCUUGAGUUACAAGAUCUCGAAGAGGUUAUUGCAGGAUUUACCCGGUGAUACACCACCAGUUAUUAUUGAUAAUUCUCGUCAGUUGCACACUUUUCUAGGACAAUUGGAAAGGGAUACAGGUCGACUUUGUGUUGAAGUGAAGAAGAAAAUACAGACUGAUUUGAAUCACAUAGAUUCUGAUGAUGAGAAUUUUACCCUGUAUGGAAUUCCACCAGAAGAAGAGGAUCAUAAAUUGCCAAUGAAGAAAAGGAGUUCAUCUUUUUAUAUNGAUAAUUCUCGUCAGUUGCACACUUUUCUGGGACAAUUGGAAAGGGUUACAGGUCGACUUUGUGUUGAAGUGAAGAAGAAAAUACAGACUGAUUUGAAUCACAAAGGUAAGAAACGAGGAAGAGAUGAAAAUGAUCAGGUUGGAGAAGAGUAUCUUGAUAUGGCCAGCGACACAAAUGAAGAAGAGAUGGAUGAAGAUGAUAGUAGAUUUGAUUAUUGUGAUGAUUCUGACGGAAUAUAUUCUGAUGAUGAGAAUUUUACCCUGUAUGGAAUUCCACCAGAAGAAGAGGAUCAUAAAUUGCCAAUGAAGAAAAGGAGUUCAUCUUUUUAUAUUGAAGAAAAUAAGGAACCAGUUGAUGUCUCAAAGGUAGACUUGUCUUCUGUGAAUUUGGCUGUUGGGCAAAUGUAUGAUACAAAGGAGCACCUAAAAACACGUUUGAAGAUACUAACCUUGGUUCAAAGGUUUGAUUAUUAUGUUUACAAAUCGAGACCAACCUUAUUGAUUGUAAAGUGUUGGGUUAAAGGAUGCAAGUGGAGGGUAACAGCUGCAACAUUAAGACACUUUCCAAAGUUUGAGGUGCGUGUGUUUAUUUCAGCACAUACAUGUUCAGUAACAGAGCGCUCUAUGCGUGCCCGACAAGCAGAUCAUCAUAUUCUAGGAGAGUUGUACAAAGAUUUUGUUGGUGGAGUUGGUCCCAAGGUACUGCCAAUGCAUGUUGCUGAAGCGUUGAAUAAACGUUUUCAUAUCAAGAUGGAUUAUUGGAAAGCAUAUCGAACGUUAAGGCAUGCUCGCAAGUUGGUCAGGGGUAGUCCAGAGAGUGGUUAUGAGCAGCUUCCUACAUAUUUGUAUAUGAUAAAAAGGGCAAAUCCUGGAACUUUUACACAGCUUGAUGUUGAUGAAGCUCAAAGAUUUAAGUACUGUUUUCUAGCAUUUGGUGCAAGCAUACAGGGAUUUCCGUUUUUGAGGAAAGUGGUUGUUGUGGAUGGUACUUUUUUACAGGGAAAAUACUUAGGGACACUACUGACAGCAACAGCUCAAGAUGGCAAUUUUCAGAUUUUUCCUAUUGCUUUCGCCGUGGUUGAUACAGAGAAUGAUGAAUCAUGGGAAUGGUUUUUCAAGCAACUCAGCUGUGUGAUACUAGAUGAUGAAAGCCUUUCCAUUAUUUCUGAUAGGCAUCAAUCAAUUGGGAAAGCUAUUAAAAAGGUCUAUCCGAAGUCUAGUAGGGGAAUAUGUACAUACCAUAUGUACAAGAAUAUUUUGGUCCGGUUUAAAGGUCGAGCAGAAUUCGCUUUGGUUAAAAAGGCGGCGAAUGCUUUUAGACUUAUCGACUUUCAAACCACAUUUGAUCAGAUAGAAGCCAUGAAUCCAGCACUACAUGAGUACCUCGUGAGGGCUGAUGUGCGUAUGUGGACUCGUGUACAUUUCCCAGGUGAUAGGUACAACUUGCUUACAAGCAACAUUGCAGAAUCAAUGAAUAAGGUCAUGUCACAUGCUAGGAGCUUUCCUAUUGUACAACUAUUGGAAGAAAUAAGGUCCACGAUGACUAGGAAUCCCGAAACACAAAAUUCUUAG